AUGCUGGAGCGAUUCAAAGAGCGAGGCUAUCUUGCGUACGAAACAACAUGCACCUGCAGUGUGCACAUACUGUAUGGCCCCCCUUGUGGGGGUCCACACCAGAUGAAGCUGUGGGUGGAGGAGCAUGGACCUCACAACCCAGAGUAUUUACCCCUGGGGCCAUUGCCAGAUGAGGAGUACCCAGAUACCUUGGACAUGCAUGGGCGAAGGCGCCACCCUGGGUACAAGAACUACACGGCCCGGCUGCAGGGCCUGGGGUUCUACACAAGGAUGCACCAGCUGCAGAAAGCAGGAUUUUGCCUGCCAGACGAGCAGCAGAAGGUCUGGGAUGAGAUUCUGAGGCAAUCGACACCACCAAAGCCAGCAAAAGGGGCUGCGCAGAAAGGCAAGCGCAAACGCAAGCGCGAAGCCUCGGUCAUCGAAGUCAGCGACAAUGAGGAGUCUGCCUUGAAACCUGAGGUGGUCGAAGAUGAAGGCGACAGUGUCAUUGAAGAGCUGUCGGGCGCCUCUGCACAAGGGGCUGAGGAAGGAGCAGCAGCAAAGGACGAUGGAGACAGUGCUGCUGAGUCAUCAGCUGGAGAGGGCAUAGGACAUCGGCCAGUGCAGCCAAUUCCUGCCGGCUGGACAGGCUCCUACGGCAUGUUGGCUGGCACAAACAAGCGUGGAUGGCUUGACUACACAACAACAUGCACCUGCCGCAACGAGAAAGGGAAUGUUGUGAAGGGGCGUGUGGACAUACCACACAAGAUCAGGAAAUGGGCAAAGGAGCAUGGGGACCACAGGCCGGAGUACAGAGCGUUGAAACCUCUGCCACAUGAGCGCUACCCAGAAAACCUCAGAUCCGGCCAACGGCAGAAGCAUCUCGGGUGGCAGAAGUACCAGGAGCGCAUGCAGUCCCUGGGCUUCUACACAUCCGUCCACAUGCUUGAGAGCGCAGGGUUCCGACUGCUAAAGCAGCAGCAGAAAAGAUGGGACGAUCUGCACAACAGGGCAGAACAGGAGGCCAGCAGCGACAAAACGGAGUCAGGCCUGGAGGAAGGUGCAGAGGGCAGUGAAGACGAGGAAUCAUCAGGCACUCAAGGCAGCGCCAAGAGGAGAAAAGUUGCCGCCCCUGACGAGGCGCCAGCCGCGGCAGCCCCACGCAUAAAAGCCGAGGCUCCUGCAGCGGCAGAUUUGUCAGAGACGCCAGCUCAGGCCGACAGGAACCAGCACAGGAAGCUGCAUGCAGCUGCACCGCGCACUGCCGCAGCCAGCCGCCAGAUAGGCGCAAAGAAGAGGAAAACUGCGGCACCGGCCGACGCGGCUGCGGCCGCAGCCGCACGCGUAAAGCCCGAGCUGCGCGAGGCAACGCCGUCACUGGACGCGCCGGCUCAGGCCGACAAGGGCAAGCAGCGGGCGCUGACACCACAGAUACACAUGGAUUCCGAGGAGGCGGGGCCGAGCGCGCCGCCUGAUCAGGACGCGCGCGCCGGCCCCAGUGGUCCACCCCGGGCGGCAGCCCCAUUACCCCAUGCUGCCGGGCAGGCCCCAAGUAUUAAGCGGGAGGAUGUCAUAGAUCUGUCAGCGGACAGCCCCAGAGCAUCCAGCAGCACGCAGCUGCCUGCAGAGCUUGCAGCAGGGCUGCAGACUGCGCAUGUUGUGCCUGAUCAGGGCAAGGCAGGUCACGAGGCAGGGAGCGUCAGCUGCCAAGAGAGCUUACUUUUGAAGCAGGAGAAGCGCCUUCCAGCAGCCAACGCUAUGCUGCCCCCUGCUCAUGCGCAUCUGGCACUCGGCGUGCCCUCUGGCGAGUGCAUUAGAAGAAGCACCCUCAGCGAUGUCGUCGCUGACAUCACCAGGGUCAGGGGAGAGAAAGAGCAGAUAGCUGCGCUGGUUGAAAUGAAGCACCACGCUGAGGAGAGCAAGAGGCUGCGAACCUUGAACUCACUGAAGGACGCAGAGAUCAGAUCCCUGCGCAGCCAGCUGGAGAUCCAGCAAGCCUGA